AACAAAUAUGGAAGAUGUGAAGGCCCAAAUACCAAACAAAUCACAGUCGAAAAAAGCCUGUCUUCAUUCAACUAGACUUUAAAGGUGAAGACAUUGCAGAAAUGGUCAACAGAAGACUGAGGACGUCACUAGCCAGAGCCUAUCCUGCAGCUAAGUUGGUUCCCGUCCACCGAACAACAUGCUCUUUGGUGCAGUCAAAAGUCGAUAGAUACCCUUCUCAUGUUAACUCCAACUGUGUAUACAAAUUUACGUGUAUCUGCGGGAGCAGUUACAUUGGGAGAACAGAAAGAAGGGCACACCUCCGAUUUUCUGAACAUGUGCCGAAAAGCCUACGUCUCAAGGGAACAAACUCUUAUAGCAGCGCUAUUACCAGACAUCUCCUCGACACGGGUCAUGAGGUGGAAAUCGAGAAAUCCUUCAAAAUUAUCAAUAGACAAAGGAGCUCCAUUCUCCUCAAGUUUGCCGAAGCAAUUUCUAUCAAACGCUUGAAACCAGAUCUAUGUGUUCAGAAAGAAUCAGUUAUUAGUCUUUCCUUGCCUUGGUAACUGGAUGUCUUUUUUCUCCCAUCUGAUUGCGUAAUCUUUGUCUUUAAC